UGGCCGUGGCGUCUCUCAGGCUUCUCUCUGGUGCUAGAUUCAUAAAAUAAUAUGAAUUUCGACAAAUUGGAGCAAUCUAUAAAGAAUCUAAAUGCAGUGGUUAAUAAAUUUCCCAUCGGUGCGAUUUCGUCAAACGAUUUCAAGCCUGUUGAGGAAAAGAUGCAGACAGCUCGGAUGUCCCUGAUGCACACAAAUGCCAGAUUUUUAAUACUUGCAGCAAAAAUCAAACAAUACAUAGACAAUAGGCAACAACGGAAAAAAGAAAUCAAAGGAGUACUUCAGGAUGUUACAAGUGAUACACUUGUAAAUACCAAGGCCAUCAAAUUAUGCCUUCACAGUAUCACUGCUCUUUCGAUUCUCAACGAAGAGGAAGGCACUGUGGAAGAUCAGAAAAAACUCGACAUCAAUAUGGAAAAAUUAUUUAACCUCAAUGAAAAAAUUAUGGCAAUUCAAAAAAACAUUGAGGAAGCAUCUCAAGUACAAUUAAAUCUAAAAAUAGAAUGUCAGAAAGCGCUUUUCAAUCAUAAAAAUUUUCUGAGAGAACAGGAACAGAUACGAAGCGAGAAAUUACAGGAAACAAAUCCUGAAAUAAUGAAUACUAAAUCCCAGAUGGAAAAAACUUUGCGGAAGAUAAAUAUAAUGAAGAAACUCAUUAGAAUUUUUAUAGCAACAUCCGACGACAUGUUAGCAAACAAACUACUGUUAGAAAUGUUAGAGAAGCAUAGAGAAUCAAUAAACGUUGAAACAAUUAUGAAAAUGGCAGAAAGUGAAGAACUAGCGGAUAUGUAACAAACAUAUAAUAAAAAAAAGAAAGACAAACAAUAAAAGAAAA